CGUUUAGCAGCCUUUUGGUGGUGUGGUACAAGACGUCGUACCGUAUCUACAUUUCUGCCGGUCAUGCCACUUGGCGUACUUGGCUUGCUGUGCUGCUUUCUCAGCCCAUGCAACUAGAUUGGUGGUAUUGUUUUUUUCAGGCGCGGCUGCUUGUUGUAGUGAAUGUGGCCAUGGCGGGCAGCUGGCAGGUUGGCCAUUGCCAGCUGGCGAUUUGAUAUACAACAAUCACCACCGCUUGAUUCACCCUUUUCAUCUCCCAACAAAAAAAGAACAAUCACACAAAACAAAAACCUGCACAACUCGUUUCUUUGAUUCCACAAACACCGCCUCUUCCCCCUGUCCGCCGUCGUCACAAGGCCCCGCGGCCUGUACUUGGCGUCUACGGAUUUCGGAUUUCGAUGUUGAAACCUGCGUCGUCACCGUGCAUCGGUCAAAUCAAAGUACAAUCUAGCCCCAAUAGAAUGCUACGCACCGGAGCAAAAAAGUAAAUCAAGCACUGGCCACUGUUUAAGCCCCUCCCCCCGCCCUAACGCCGCCUGUUCCGACACUUCGUCUGCCCUUGUUGGUCGAUCCUGGUGACCAGAGCAAGGCGAAGCAAAGAGCGCCGCAGUGCACACACGGCCCAGGUCGUGUGUCCCUUUAAAACAUCCGCGGCACCCAGCACAGGUGCUCAAAGCUGGCUCUCUUUCUUUUCCCUGGAUUCAUAUUUUCUUUCAGAUCCUCUUGCAAAUUUUAAUACAAAAAACAAGUUGUCAAGAUUUUUCUUUGCCUCUUGCACUGCAUCAUACUUUUACGUAUAAGCUUUGUUGCCCAACACAUACAAAACCACACCAUAGUUGCAGCGGCCGCGGAGGGUCCUCCACCGUACUCAUGCCAUCAUUGGUUCAGCCUGCCCUUUCGAUAAAGGCGCCAACCACACCAAGGAAAGAGGGGGCGCCGACACCAACUAAACUUGCCGCCUCCCUCCUCCCGCAUGACUUGUCCUUGAACCUGCACAACCUCGCCAUCGCCAACCAUCAACAACAACUUUUGCGCACCGACGCAGAAGCAUACGCAGUCAUGGCCACACGACUGGAUGUCUCCCCCGACCGGGAUGACGAUUCACGCUCUUCAUCAACGAGCGGCUCCCCCGCUCCUGUCGACAACGAAGAGUCCGACUUCUUUUUAGGCGCCAACGACUCCCAGUCCUCGCUCGGCGUCGUCAACUUCCAGGACAUGCAGGUCCUCGACGACUCGUGCUGGCCUCCAGUCAACCGCUUGCCCAAUGAAAUCCUCAUCAGCAUUUUUGCAAAGCUCAGCGCCAGCUCCGACCUCUUCCGCGCGAUGCUCGUGUGCAAGCGGUGGACCAGAAACGCCGUCGAUCUCCUCUGGCACCGCCCUGCCUGCACCAACUGGAAGAGCCACGAGAACAUCUGCCAGACCCUUGGUAGCCCCAAGCCUUUUUUCAACUACAGAGAUUUUGUCAAGCGCCUUAACUUGGCCAGCAUCGCCAACGGUGUUAACGACGGUAGCGUGUUGCCCCUUGCCGUCUGCAGCCGUGUUGAGCGCCUCACCUUGACCAACUGCACUGGCCUCACAGACACCGGCCUCAUUGCUUUACUCCAAAACAACGCGUCCCUCCUCGCCCUCGAUGUCUCCAACGACCGCAACAUCACUGAAAAGUCUAUUAAUGUCAUCGCCGAACACUGCCGACGCCUACAGGGCCUCAACAUUUCCGGCUGCACAGCCAUCUCAAACGACAGCCUCGUCAACCUUGCCGAGAACUGCAAAUCUAUCAAACGCCUCAAGCUCAACGAUUGCACCCAGAUCCGCGAUUACGCGGUAAAUGCCUUCGCCGAGAACUGCCCGAACAUCCUGGAAAUCGACUUGCAGCAGUGUGCUCAGAUCACCAAUGCCCCCAUCACCUCGUUAAUGGCAAGGGGCAACUGUCUUCGUGAACUGAGGCUCGCUUCUUGCGAUCUUAUCGAUGAUGCGGCCUUCUUGUCGCUCCCGCCUGGCAAAACAUUUGAACACCUUCGUAUUCUGGAUCUCACAAACUGCGCCCGCCUCACUGAUGCUGCUGUGACCACCAUUAUCGAGGUGGCACCCCGCCUUCGUAACUUGGUUCUUGCCAAAUGCCGCAACAUCACGGAUGUUGCAGUCCACGCUAUUUCCAAGCUUGGCAAGAAUUUGCACUACGUUCACUUAGGACACUGUGCCCAGAUCACAGAUGAGGGUGUCAAGAAGCUCGUCACCAGCUGCAGCCGUAUCAGAUACAUCGACUUGGGCUGCUGCACUAACCUCACCGACGACUCUGUCAAACGCUUAGCCCUACUUCCAAAGCUCAAGAGAAUUGGUCUCGUCAAGUGCAACUCCAUCACGGACGAGUCCAUCUUCACACUUGCAGAGGUGGCGAGAAAGCCACGUCUUCGAAGAGAUUCGAACGGCUUGUUCAUUGGUGGCGAAUAUUAUUCGUCCAGCUUAGAGCGCGUCCAUCUAAGCUACUGCGUUAACCUCACACUAAAGAGCAUCAUGAAACUGCUCAACUCUUGCCCGCGCUUGACCCAUCUCAGUUUGACCGGAGUAGCCGCGUUCCAACGCGAAGACUUCGCGCCAUUCUGCCGCACACCACCACCAGAGUUCACCCAGCAUCAGCGUGAUGUCUUCUGUGUCUUCUCAGGGGUUAUGGUCUCUCGUUUCCGCGACUUUCUCAAUACAUCACCCUUGUUUGAAGAGAUUCGUGAACCUUUUGUUGCGAUGCGCGCUGGCAGACCUCGAGGCUCUAUUGGCUCUCGACGCUUCUCCGCCGGUGUGAAUCCCAUCCCUCCGUUCGACGACAUGUACGAAUUCGACGGUAACGGUGGAGAUAACGAAGAGGUUGAGAACUAUGGACCUACCUCGACGCAGCACCCAGUAUACCAUGCUGGCCCCGCUGAAGUUGACACACUGGACAUGGCUACUGACCAAAUGAUGCAAAACUUUGGAAGCGGCGUCGCCCCACCCAUCUUUGGCCAAGUCAACUAUGGUGGUGAGAGUGCUUCUUCUGCUCAGCAAGAAGGACUAUUCCAGGGUUAUAAUGGCCCUGGAAUGAUGUCGACGUUCAUCACCAAUGAUCCUACCGUCGACGCACCUCCUUUGAGUGCUUUUGGUCAUACCCAGGCUAGCAUGGCGGGCGUCUCGGUGGAUGGCUCUCUUCCUCAGGCUAGUGCUGCCGGUGCUAGCUCUGCUGUUGGGGCCAGCACAGCUGCAAUGCAUCUACAGCCUCCAGAGACACGAGAGAGACAAUUGUCUGUGGACGAGAUGUCAAGUGAGGGCGGCUUUUAAAGCGACAGCAACUUGCUUCGUCAGGCCGAUUAUAUUCAUGAUUUCUUUUUUGUUCAUCAUUACUGCAUUGAUAAAGCGGGCUAAUCAGGGACUACUGUAUAUUGGAGUCUACGCGCCAGUGCGGUACUGGCGUGGUUGGAAUUUGUCUUUUUGGCGUCUUGAGAUUUUCUUUUGCACAAAUCGUUCAUAAGCAUUUGUAUUAGCAUGGCUACUCGCCACUGGAUUGUGAAAGGCAUGAGUCGAAUAUACCAAUUUGCAGCAGGAGGGCGAAUGUUUUUUGGCGUGUUACAAACGCUGAACACGACGACUUACGAAUACAUUACAUAGCAAAUAUCAUAUACCGUUAUAACAAGAUACGAAUCGCGUCAUAGAGUGAUGUUU